CUCUCUCUCUCUCUCUCUCCUCGGCUCCUCCCCAUUCGCAUGGUCGUGUCUAGGGUUUGAAUCGUAAACCCUAACGAAACCCUAACUACCCGACCCCUCCGAAGCAUUCGCAAUGGCGGUGGCCCUCGUCGCCUCUCCCGUCUCCAUCCACGACCUCCUCCGGCGAGCGGAGCCGCGGGGGAUCGCCGGAGGUCUGCCGUUUAGGUUUACUAGCCGGAGCCCGCCGCGGCGGCGGCGGCGUAGUAGGUCGUUCGGUGGGGUUCUCGUUAGGGCGGCGCUGGAGGAGAGGAUGCUGGACGCCGAGGUUUCGAAUGGGGGGAUGGGUAGGUAUUCGAUCGAGGGGGAGUUGGGUGGUGUUGGAUUGAACGGGAACGGAGAUGGGUUUGGGUAUGACGUGGUAGAGGGGAGUACGAAUGGCAGCUUGGAGGAGUAUUUGAAGGAGAAUGGAGCGAGUAAUGGGAGUUUAGUGAAAUAUGAGGAUGGUAAUGGCGCAGCCCCGAAAGGGGGAGAUGAGGCUUCGGAGGAGACGAAGAGGAAGAAGAGAGUGGAGGAGAUUGGAAAGGAGGAUGCUUGGUUUAAGAAAGGGGGACAAGAGGUCCAGGUUUCUGUUUCCCCUGGUGGGCGCUGGAAUCGAUUUAAAACCUAUUCCACAAUCCAAAGAACUUUGGAAAUAUGGGGGUUUGUUUUUCUUUUCCUUUUUAAGGCGUGGCUCAACAACCAGAAAUUCUCUUAUCGUGGAGGAAUGACGGAGGAGAAAAAGGUUAUAAGACGGAAAACCCUCGCAAAGUGGCUAAAAGAGAGUAUUUUGAGAUUAGGCCCCACAUUUAUCAAAAUUGGGCAACAGUUCUCUACAAGAGUGGAUAUUCUGGCACAAGAGUAUGUGGAUCAGUUGUCUGAAUUGCAGGAUCAAGUUCCUCCAUUCCCUUCCCAAACAGCUGUAUCAAUUAUUGAGGAAGAACUUGGAGCCUCAGUGGAUAAUAUAUUUGAACGAUUUGACUAUGAGCCAAUAGCUGCUGCAAGUCUUGGUCAGGUUCAUCGUGCAAGAUUAAAUGGUCAAGAAGUUGUGAUCAAGGUGCAAAGACCUGGUCUGAAGGAACUAUUUGACAUUGAUUUGAAGAAUCUAAGGGUAAUAGCUGAAUACCUUCAGAAAGUGGAUCCGAAGUCAGAUGGUGCCAAGAGAGACUGGGUUGCUAUCUAUGAUGAAUGUGCGAGCGUCCUAUAUCAGGAAAUAGACUAUAUGAAAGAAGCAGCUAAUGCAGAAAAGUUUGCUGAUAACUUCAAAAAUAUGGAUUAUGUAAAGGUGCCAAAUGUAUUCUGGGAAUACACGACACCUCAGGUAUUGACAAUGGAAUAUGUUCCAGGAAUAAAGAUAAACAGGAUAAAGCAACUAGAUCAGUUGGGUGUGGAUCGGAAAAGAUUGGGCCGAUAUGCAGUUGAGUCUUAUCUGGAGCAAAUCUUAUCUCAUGGAUUUUUCCAUGCUGAUCCGCAUCCUGGAAAUAUUGCUGUUGAUGAUGUCAAUGGCGGCAGGCUCAUCUUCUAUGAUUUUGGAAUGAUGGGAAGUAUUAGUCCUAAUAUAAGGGAAGGCUUGCUUGAAACAUUCUAUGGAGUAUAUGAAAAGGACCCCGAUAGGGUGCUUCAAGCGAUGAUUCAAAUGGGAGUCCUUGUUCCCACCGGUGAUAUGACAGCUGUCAGAAGAACAGCUUUAUUUUUCCUUAACAGCUUUGAGGAACGUCUAGUGGCCCAGAGGAAAGAGAGAGAGAUAGCAAGCACUGAACUCGGAUUUAAAAAGCAACUGACCAGAGAGGAAAAACUAGAAAAGAAGAAGCAAAGACUCGCAGCAAUUGGAGAGGAUCUCUUGGCAAUUGCUGCAGAUCAACCUUUUCGCUUUCCUGCUACUUUCACAUUUGUUGUUAGAGCAUUUUCAGUAUUGGAUGGGAUUGGGAAGGGCCUUGAUCCUAGAUUCGACAUUACAGAAAUCGCCAAGCCGUAUGCCUUGGAAUUACUAAGAUUUCGGGAAGCUGGUGUUGAAGUAGUUGUAAAGGAUAUAAAGAAAAGAUGGGAGCGCCAAUCGCGUGCAUUCUAUAAUCUAUUUAGACAAGCUGAUAGAGUUGAAAGACUUGCGCAAAUAAUUCAACGUCUGGAGCAAGGGGAUCUCAAGCUUCGAGUGCGAACUUUGGAAUCUGAAAGAGCAUUCCAAAGAGUUUCUGCUGUACAGCGGACAAUUGGAAAUGCGGUUGCUGCAGGAAGUUUAGUAAACCUUGCUACACUUUUAUACCUCAAUUCUAUUAGAGUCCCAGCAAUUACCGCAUAUGUGUUCUCCGCAUUCUUUGGAUUGCGAAUUCUCUUUGGUAUUCUCAAGGUCAAGAAGUUAGAUCAACAAGAGAGAUUGAUAACAGGCACUGCAUAAGUUGGUGGUCACUCCGCGAUCAACACCUUCUGUUCAAAUAGUUUUGGUUCGUGUACUAUCCCUCAUUUUAUUUAUUUUUCCUUUACUGCGCAUUUCUUCAUCCCACCCCGGCCCUGAUUUGCGAUGUAACAACAUUAGCGAGCUGAAAUAUGUAAAUGCCAUGCAUAAGAUAUAUAGAUGUAAAUAUGAUGUUAUAUUGUUUUCAACUUCUCGCAAAAUAAAGGUGCUCGACCUCUGCUUGUAACCCUA